AUGCCCAACAACACCAGAAUCUUGGAAUCUCUGAAUGUCCGGGUAACCGGGUCGGGCAAGCAGUACCUGGUCCUGGCCCAUGGCUUCGGCACUGACCAGUCCGCCUGGGGUCGCAUUCUUCCUUUCUUCAAACCUUACUAUCGCAUCGUUCUAUGCAACCUCGUUUGCGCCGGAAGCGUCAACCCCGAUUACUUCGAUUUCAACUACAACACCAACCUGGACGCCUUCGUCGAUGACUUGCUCAACAUUCUCGACAUUGUGGGAGUCAAAAAGUGCGCCUACGUUGGCACUGAUCAGUCCGCGCAAAACCUAGCUCCCCAAAAAACAAGAUUAAAUCAUGUCCCUCCGUCGCCGCAAUUGUCACCGAACCACCCUCCAAUCACGAACCCACCCUCGGGAAUUUGA